GUGCGGCAACAGGUGAAGUUGGAGCAGAAGUUAAACAUAAGAAGAGGAAAGGUGAGGAGAAAAUGGCUGGAAAUCAAAAGCGAAGGAAUGUUGAAGUUGCAACAUGCACACGCGGGAGGAGGCAUACAGAAGCUGGAUGUUCAAGCACGAUAACAAAGCAAUGCACAAACACUCAAGUGCAGGUACAAGAAGACAACUGUGAUGACGAUUUUGUGUUAACACCAAACCUUCCUGCAAAACAGAAUGAUGGGGCAAAGAAAAGUGCAAAUGGGAAGAGAAAAGGAAAGAUAAGAACAUUAAAAGCACCAUAUAGAGCAUUCAAACAAGGUCAACAUCGCAGCUUUUGGUGAAGGCAAUGGGAAAGUUGAAUCCUGCUCAAAUUGAGGAGGUGAAUAAGAUGGGUUUUGGAGGGCUAUUGAGUCUUAAGAUCCAAGAAAUUCCAUCAAAACGGGCAUUUUGGGUUUUGAAGAAUUUUAAUGCAACAGAUAAUACCAUUCAUUUGGGUGGUAAGAAGAAGAUUCAUGUAAACGAAGAAGACGUCGCACAUAUCAUGGGAUUCCCGCGUGGACAACAUUUGAUUGUGUGAAAAAAAAUCAGAAGAUUGUCCAUUGAUUUCUGAAUGGAAAGCGUUGUUUGGAGGCAGGGGUGACCGGGUUAAACCUGCUCAAGUGUGUGACGAAAUGCUGAAAUGCACAAAUGGAGGAGAUUGGUUUAAGAGACACUUUAUCAUUUUCAUGGUUUCUAUUCUAUUAGACAGCACAACAAAUGGAUAUGCGAAUCCACUCAUCUUGAGCAAUUUAGUGAACGUAGACAGAAUUAGAGACCUGAAUUGGUGUGACUACGUAAUGAGUACGUUGAUCGAUAAGAGACGUAUAUGGGAGAAGAAUGAUAAGAAAAGUUUUACCGGGCCUUUAUUGUUCCUUAUGGUUUUGUAUGUGGACAGGGUAUACUUGUACCGAAGAGAGAUUGAUAGAGGGAUUCCAACAUGGAAAGGGUGGACAACAACACCGCUAAGAGCCAGAGAGACGGAAGAAAUU